CAGAAACCAUGAUUGUGUAGCCUCAAACCUACUCUGCUCAGAGACCAUUGGUCUGUGCUUUGAUGAUCUUGGCUCUAUUGCCAUAGAUAUGCAAACCCAUGAAUCCGAUGGUGAUGAAGCUUUGAUCUUUGACAAUAUUGAAUCAGACAAUUUAGUUGAUUUCCCAGUUUUGAGUGAAGAGAGCUUUGUUUUGAUGGUGGAGAGGGAGAGGCAGCAUUUGCCUGCAGAUGAUUAUCUCUGCAGAUUGAGAACUGGGGACUUGGAUUUGUCCUUUAGAAGUGAUGUUCUUGACUGGAUUUGGAAGGCUCAUUCACAUUUUGGGUUUGGAGAGUUCAGCUUUUGUUUGUCAAUAAAUUACUUGGAUCGCUUCCUCGCAGUCUAUGAACUGCCAAGAGGUAAAACUUGGACAGUGCAAUUGUUAGCUGUGGCCUGUUUGUCAUUAGCCGCUAAAGUGGAGGAAAUUAGUGUGCCUUUGACCGUGGAUUUACAGGUGUGCGACCCAAGAUUUGUGUUUGAAGGGAAAACAAUUCAGAAAAUGGAACUUCUUGUGUUGAGCACCUUGAAGUGGAGGAUGCAAGCUUAUACACCUUGUACAUUUAUAGACUAUUUCCUAAGAAAGAUUAACGACAACCAAUUGCCGUCACUACACAUCACAUCAAGAUCAAGGCAGCUUAUUUUGAGCACAACGAAAGGGAUAGAUUUCUUGGAAUUCAGGCCUUCAGAGGUUUCUGCAGCAGUGGCGAUUUUUGUUUCGGGAAGAACAGAAGCAAUAGAGUUAGUGAUGGCAAUUCCUUCAUUCAAUCAUCAAGGACAAAAGGAGAGAUUGGUAAAAUGCAUUGAACUGAUUCAGAAUUGGAACUUGAAGGGCGAUAUGGGCAUUGGAUCAAUGCCUCAAAGUCCAAAUGGGGUUUUGGAAGCUGCAUGCUUCAGCUACAAAAGUGGCGAUGAACAGACCAUAGGAUCAUGCCCAAGUUCAUCAACUACUACUCCGAUUACUAAGAGGCGGAGAGUGGAAAGACAUUGUUACCCAAAACGCAGAAGACUGCGUCACACCUAAAGGCCAAACAGUUGUGGUUGAAAUGAAAUUAUUUUGUGGCAGUUAAAAAUGUGGCUUCAAGAAAUUUAUAAAGAGAGGGAAGGUCAUCAUGGAAUGAGAAUUGGGGAAAGUUACAACAAUGAACCAACCAAUACUCCCCAGAUGGUGUUCUUAUAUCACAACAAAUCAAUAAUUCUAUUUUGAGGGGAGAAAAAAAGAAAGAAUAAGAAUGAUUUGGCCUCAGCAUUUCACAGCUAAUGGGGAAAAAAAUGGAAAUCCCUACCUGUUUUCUGUUAUUUUUACUUGAACAGAAUGCUGAGUAUAAAUAAUUUGAUUUUCUGGAGAAAACUAAAUAAAGUCAGGCUGACCUGUGGACGUUAAACAACGGUGCCACAUUCGGCUGUUGGG